AUGGGCUACACCUCCUCUUGCACCCUCGUAAAUAAUCGCUAUCUCCUCCCCUCGCAAAAUGCUAGGGUCCUGAAUCUCAAAGCCGUUCAAGGAGAACAAAAUUCGAGGCCUCUAAUCACAAUGUCUCAAGUUAAGAUUCCACAUGUUCUUACUGUCGCCGGCUCCGAUUCAGGAGCCGGAGCCGGCAUCCAAGCCGACCUCAAGGCUUGCGCCGCCAGAGGAGUUUACUGUUCUACUGUCAUCACCGCCGUCACUGCACAAAACACAGUUGGAGUUCAGGGUGUAAAUAUUGUGCCAGAGGAUUUUGUUCGAGAGCAACUGGAAUCAGUGCUAUCUGAUAUGCACCCCGAUGUUGUGAAAACUGGCAUGCUACCUUCAACUGGAAUAGUCAAGAUCCUCUCUCAAAGCCUCAGGGAAUUCCCCGUUAGAGCUCUGGUGGUUGAUCCUGUUAUGGUGUCUACAAGUGGGGAUGUACUGGCUGGUCCUUCUAUUCUGGAUAGCUUUCGAGAGGAGCUUCUUCCCAUGGCCGAUAUAGUGACUCCAAAUUUAAAAGAGGCAUCUGCUUUACUUGGUGGCAUACCAUUGGAAACAGUUGCUGACAUGCGCUCUGCUGCAAAAUCCAUUCAUGAUAUUGGUGCACGAAAUGUCCUUGUUAAAGGAGGCGACCUUGCUGAUUCCUCAGAUGCGGUUGAUGUUUUAUUUGAUGGCAAGGAUUUCUACGAGUUCCGGUCCUCCCGGAUAAAAACUAGGAAUACUCAUGGAACCGGCUGUACUUUAGCUUCAUCUAUAGCAGCUGAGCUAGCCAGAGGUUCUUCGCUGUUUUAUGCUGUAAAGACAGCUAAACGCUAUGUUGAGACAGCCUUGGAUUAUAGCAAGGACAUUCUUAUAGGAAAUGGCCGUCAAGGUCCUUUUGACCAUAUGAUGAAGCUUAAGAAUAAUGACAUGAAGCUUUCUCGGCACCGACCAUUUGAUCCAAAUGACCUUCUCUUGUAUGCUGUCACUGACUCAAGGAUGAACAAAGAUUGGGGCCGUUCCAUCACUGAUGCUGUGAAAGCUGCCGUAGAAGGAGGUGCCAGUAUAGUUCAAUUGAGAGAAAAGGAUGCUGAUACCAGGGACUUUCUAGACGCAGCCAAAUCAUGCUUGGAAAUAUGUCGUCAACAUGGUGUACCUCUGCUGAUAAAUGAUAGAGUUGAUAUUGCACUUGCUUGUAAUGCUGAUGGUGUUCAUGUUGGUCAAUCUGAUAUGCCUGCUCGUGUUGUUCGCACUCUUCUUGGGCCGGACAAGAUCAUUGGUGUCUCGUGUAAAACACCCGAGCAAGCUCAUGUAGCUUGGAUCGAGGGGGCUGAUUACAUAGGAUGUGGCGGUGUAUAUCCAACAAACACAAAAGAAAACAAUAUUACUGUUGGUUUAGAUGGGCUAAAGAAUGUAUGUCUGGCGUCCAAGUUACCAGUAGUUGCCAUCGGGGGCAUUGGUAUGUCAAAUGUACAACCUGUAAUGGAAUUAGGCGUCCCAAGUCUGAAAGGUGUUGCAGUUGUGUCUGCUCUUUUCGACAGGGAAUCUGUUUUGAGAGAAACCCAAAAUUUACGUAGAGUGCUGUUGGAUUCAAUCACUACAGCAAAAUGA